GACGCAUUUAUUCUUUGAGUAAUUCAGUCUGAACUCUGCUACUUUGUCUUUAUCACUUUUUUUUCCACAAACAAGUUUUCUCUCUCACCAUCUCCUCGAAUCGCGAGACCUACAAACCAUUUUCUAGUGCCUCGUGUAACUUCUGCUUCUUCGUAUCUCUAUCUGUGUAUGCCAGGUGAAUAAACAGAGCAACCGUCAGAAUGUCGCCGGACGGCGAAAAAACUAUGGAAGGAGUUCAUGAGAUAGGAAAUUCGCUUCCGCCUUUUCUGAGCAAAACGUAUGACAUGGUGGAUGAUCGGUCGACGGACACUGUUGUGUCGUGGAGUAAGAGUAAUAACAGUUUCGUCGUAUGGAAUGUGCCGGAGUUUUCCAGGGAUAUUUUGCCCAAGUAUUUUAAGCACAAUAACUUUUCCAGUUUCGUCAGGCAGUUGAAUACUUAUGGUUACAAGAAGGUUGAUCCAGACUGCUGGGAAUUUGCAAAUGAGGGAUUUCUUAGAGGCCAGAAGCACCUCUUGAAGACUAUAAGUAGGCGAAAACCCUCUCAAAUGCAGGUUCAUCAGGAGACUGCCUCCCAAGUGCAAAGUUUAUCUGUUGGAUCUUGUGUUGAAGUUGGGAAGAUUGGAAUUGAAGAAGAGGUGGAAAGGCUUAAAAUAGAUAAAAGUAUUCAUAUGGAGGAGCUAGUCAAUUUGAGGCAGCAGCAGAAGGCAACAGAUCACCGCUUGGAGAAUGUUGGGCAGCGUCUUCAGUUAAUGGAGCAAAGGGAACAGCAAGCGAUGACAUUCCUUGCUAAGGCCUUGCAAAGCCCUGGCUUUAUAGCUGAACUGGUUCAUCAACAGAAUGAAGGUAAAAGGCGCAUUCCUGGGAUGAAUAAGAAGAGGAGAUUCCCCAACCAGGAAGAAGAAAAUUAUGCAGCCAAGCAGGUCAGUACUUUGCGUGACAGGCAGAUAGUCCGUUACCAGCCUUUGAUGAAUGAGGCAGCAAAAGCAUUGCUGCAGAAGCUCCUGAAAACUAAUACAUCUGGUAGGUUGGAGACCAUAGUUAAGAAUACACAUGGUUUCUUGACUAAUCGCGCCCGGUCUUUUGAAAAUACAUUAGAGACUGGUGGUAUAUCCCCUCAUAUUUCUGAGGUUACUCUUUCGCAAUUGGCAACUUCUUCACAAUCUCAUCUGAUGUCAGAUUCAGGAUUUCCAUUCAACUCUAGUUUAUCUGUCAUUCCUGAGAUCCAGUAUUCCCCUAGUCUGGUUCCUGGGCAAGCCAAGGUCCCUCAGUUUCCUGAAUUAAAUGCGCUCAACUCUCAGACGGAUCAUGUGAACCCUGAAUUUUCAGGACAUGGGUUCAAUACACCGGAAACUCUUGAAAUAACUGACCUUAAGCAGCCGGAGACCGGGGAUAUGCCAUACAUUGAAACAAUGCAAGAUAUUGUGGAUGAUGUAGCAUCCAUUGUCCCUGAUGGAUUUUCUAUGGAUGAUGUCUUUUUGGACGAGAUGCCUAAGCUUCCAGGCAUAAAUGACAUUUUCUGGGACCAGAUUCUUUUAGCAAGCCCUCUCACUGGCGAUAAGGAUGAGAUUGGUUCUCUAGCAUUAGAAGAUGGUUUAGCAAAAGAAGAGGAUGUUCCAGAAGUUCAAGAGAGUGAUUGUGAAGAACUGAAGCGUAUGAGUCAUCUUACUUAACAGAUGGGACUUCUCACAUCAGGCUCUCAUAGUGAAUGAAAUUGUGAAUUUUAGUUGAAUCCAGAAAACAUCAAAGGUGAAUGCGCUGUACUGGUGGACUGACAGCAAUGCCUUUCUGGGGGGACUGGUCUUCACCACAGACAAAGUUUUGAGUAGAAAAAUAUGUUAUGUGCCUAAUGCAUUUUGAUUCUAACACUUUGAGUAUUUGGAUAUUCUAGUUACGAUGCGGGGGAUGGAAAGGUUGCUAAAAGAUUGUUACUGGUGGUGUAUAUAGUUCUUUUAAACAUAAUAGAAUGACAGUGAGGAUUUGAUACAGAUGUAAGUAAAACUUUCAAGAAAAUGUGAUACUGUUAAUCUGCAAAGGUUACUUUAAGCAGAUUUCUCCCAUCAUAUAGUCGAUUCUCUUUCUAGAUAUGAUGAGCUUAACAGUCAUGAACAUAUUUUCCUUUCCCAGUAUCUUAUUAUCAGAUUAAUAUUUGGUCA